AUGCCCCGCCCUGGCAAGGAUUCUUACGAUGAGCAGGUCAGUUCUGCGUUAACUAUGAAAUUUUCUCCAUCUGCUUCUAGAAUCACUGUUCCUCAACCAACAUUAGUUGAAUCUUUUCAGAAACCACCAUAUUCCUAUAUCUGGCUUACUUAUAUGGCAAUUCAAAACUCCGAAGAGAAAAUGCUUCCAUUAACUGAAAUCUAUAAAUUUAUAAUGGAUAAAUUCCCAUUCUACAGGAAAAACACGCAGAGAUGGCAGAAUUCUUUGCGGCAUAAUCUGUCAUUUAACGAUUGCUUUAUAAAAAUCCCACGAAGACCUGAUCGUCCUGGAAAGGUGAGCAUAGAUGUGUAUUUCGUUUGUACAAUUUACGUUUUCAAAAAUCUGAUUUGUAAAAUAACUGCUUUAUUUGACCUUUCUCUCAACUUGCCUACUUUCUCUUGA